GUGGCCGGCUGGCCACACCUGGUCUUGCUCUCUAUUCACGCGACUAACAACUACACUAUGGCACAUAACUGUACAGUCAUACACAAAGUGCUGCAGAAGUACUAUUUGUCACCAUUGUAUGCCAUUGAGUUCUGCGUUGGUUUCCCCGGCAACCUUUUGGUUGUACUUGGCUACAUAUUCUGUUUGCCACACUGGCAGAGCUACAAUAUUUACCUCUUCAACCUGGCAAUGUCUGACCUUGUUUUCCUGUGCACGCUGCCACGCCUUUCCUACCUUUAUGCAAAUGACCAAAAAGAAACUAAUUCAUAUGCUUGCAUUAUAAACCGCUAUGUUCUACACGUGAACCUUUACUCAUCCAUCCUCUUCAUGGUUUGGCUUUGCAUGGAUCGUUUCCUGCUCAUUAAACAUCCCAUGCGAGACCACUUCCUUCUGAAGCCACAGACAGCGCUGAUUGUGACGGGACUGAGCUGGCUGGCUGUCAAUGUAGAAGUGGCUCCAAUGAUAUCGCUCAUGUUUCAGGACCUACAGCAUGGAAAUUGGAGUUUCUGCAGAGAUUUUGCCAGUCUAAAAGGAAGUGUCAAUGCAUUAGGAUACAGCCUGGGUCUGACCUUCACAGGUUAUAUUGCUCCUCUGCUUGCACUAUGUGGUUUUACCUACCAAAUUGCAAAUCUGCUCCAUGUCCAGGAAAGGGCUCUACAGAACAAGGCAAAACCCUACAAACGGCCUCUGAGGGUAGUUGCAUCAGCAGCAGCCAUGUUUCUGUGUCUUUACACUCCUUACCAUAUCCUGAGAAAUAUCAAGAUAGCUUCUCGGGACAACUGGCCAGGACUGGACCUGUGUAUAGGGAAGUACUACAUAGAGGGUCUGUACAUCUUGACUCGACCACUGGCUUUUUUGCACAGCGUCAUCAACCCCAUCUUCUAUUUUCUCAUGGGGGACAAGUUCAGAAAUAUCCUGUUUACAAAGCUCAGAAUGCUGCUCAGAAAGACAGAAUAGCAAAGACAACCAGACUGACCAAGAACACCAGAACACCAGAUCCCAGCUCAUCAUAGCAAGUCCACACAUGUGACACAGCUGUCUUACAUUUUGUAUUUUGGUAAAAAAAAAUUUGUUUGCCUUGGUUUUCUUGUGUAUGAAUGUGGAUUAUUUUUGUUUAUUUGGGCUAAUUUAAACAUUUUGACCACACGUUGUUAGUUCUCAUAAGCUAUCUGUUAAGAUGAACUGAUGCUUAGUUAUAUUUCACACUGACAAAUUAAAGUGCUAGUAUAAGAGUGUAGUGCCUUUAAGAUUUUUUUAUUUAUUUUUUUUUUUAUUUUUUUUUUAAUAUUGCACAUUUUCAUAAUCAAUUAAUCGUUUGAUCCAUACAAUGUCAGAAGAUGUUAAAAAAAAUCAGUGUUUGCCAAACCUGGAAAUGAUGAUGUUCUCAAAUGUCUUAUUUUGUGCACAAACCAUAAUGAUUCACUUUUAAUGAUUCUUUAUAUGGAGCAAAGAAAUGAAGAAAAUAUUCAGAUUUAAAAAGCUUCAAACCGAUUAUUUGACUAUCAAAAUAGUUGACGAUUCAUUAAGUAUUCAAUUAAUAAUCGAUUAAUCGAGUAAUUGUUUCAGCUCUAAUUUGUACAGGCUAUUAAUUGCUAUCAGGCUAUCAAUUUGUAUCUGUAUGUGUUAA